AUGGAUGGAAGUUUCAUGAGAAAGUUGCCUCAAUCUAUUGGAAUGCUGAAGAAGCUGGAGGAGAUUCGUGCAUCACGCUGUCGGAGUUUGGAAAAAAUUCCUGAGGAGAUUCAAGGCUUGUCUCAUUUGAGGAUUUUGGUGUUGUCACAUACAAAUAUUCCUAGCCUACCAGACAGCAUCUCUAGUCUGCCCCAUCUUCGAAACCUUGAUUUAUAUAGCUGCGACAAUCUUCGGAAGCUUCCUCUGCUUCCCUCUAGUUUAGUCGCUUUGUGUCUCACUUAUGACUUGAGUAAACUGAAGUCGUUGGAUAUUUCAAGUCUGACCAAUCUCAAAGAGUUGUACCUUGCCAAUUAUUUGGAAGAGGAGGCAUCUCCCAGCGCAGACAGAUCUUCGAUGGUGGAGCCACUCAGCCUUUCUGGGAUUGACAAAUUGACAAAAGUUGAGGCCUUGAAAUUGUGCCUCUCAGGCUUCGCUACACUACCGGACAUGAGUGCUCUUUCGCAGCUAAGGAAGCUUGACCUUCAAUGUCCAGACCUGCAACAUCUCCCACAACUACCCAAAAGUUUGAAAAAACUGACCCUCCAUGACUGCAAAUCCUUGGAGAAAUUGCCCGAGCUCAAGCAUCCCAAGUCUUUAUCUGGAUUGGAGCUUCUCUCAUGUUCAGUAAGGGAAAUCCAAGGACUUGGCAAUCUCUCAUCCUUGGAAGCCUUGUCUAUUUCUCACUGUGAGCUGGUAAAGCUAGAAGGCCUCGAAUGCUUGACAUCCCUGAGAACAUUGACCAUCUCAUACUGUGAUUCCCUACUAGAACUGCCAGAUUUGUCAAACUUGAAGCUGAGAACACGUAACAUUCAUCAUUGCAAGAACAUACCUCAACAGGACAGCCUCUAGUAGUCGAGCUCCCUAGAAAGGCCAGAUGUUCGCGAAGCUCGUGGUUGACUCGAGAAAGAUCUAUUUCAUGCUUCCUCGAGCAAGUCUGAAGCUUCUGAGGCCGAGGUACAUUGUAAAGUUCGUGCGUCUUUGCUAUGUAGUGAGGAUCCAUGAGUUCCACUUCCAUUGUUCGGACUUCCUUGUAACUGGAAUGCUUUCUUCUCCAAUGUUUCCAUCUUUCUUUUCCCUUCUUUAGAGAAUGCAGUAUCUUUCCUUU